AUGGGUGAACCGCUCGUCAUUGAAACGUUGGAAGAGUUACGGGAUCUUGACCUUUUUGAUCGGAUUGUCAAGAUCUUUGAUGAAGCUGAAAAAAAUGGAGAUUUAGUUUUCAAGGAGGCCAGCGACUUUGAAAGGAUCACAGACAAGAAGACCAAGAUGGAGUACGAGAUUAAGGUCGUAGAGGCAUUAUCAAAGCGACCAAACAACCGUGCAAGCGAACCUGGGGAUGACGUGAAGGUCACACAGGAAAAGAUUGCCGAUAUCCAGAAAAAGAACCCAUUUCUUCACCCGGAGCCGGAGUUGACCAUUAUUGAUUCGUUGUUUGGAAAUUAUCGGCUGAUAUUGAACAAGUAUCCGAACACAAGGUACCAUUUUUUGCUUGUCACGAAGGAGUUUGAAAAACAAGACACUCUUUUGAAACCUAUUGAGCUGCAGCUCAUGCAUGCGAUAUUGGAGAACCUCAACAGGAAAAUUGAGGAGAAGAACAUGACUGAGAGGUACUUUUCUUUCUUUAACAGCGGUCCGGAGAGUGGGUACUCGCAGUUCCACAAGCACAUCCAGUUCAUGAUGCUGCCUAGCAACUUCCACGUCUACCAGGAUGAUGUUGUGAGAGGUGUUGACUAUUUUAUACCGAAGGAGAUUGUUGAGAACCGGAGACCGUUGUUCCACAAGAAGGCCAGUUUCAAGCACUAUAUCUUGAAAUUGAAGGAUGAUCCAAGCGAUGAGGAGGAUGAGCAAGACUCGUUGGCCAUUCUCUACAUGUACUUGAUCAAGAGGGCAUUGAACAUCUACAAGGAGCACGACAUGGAGGACUCGAUGAUGAGUUACAACUUGCUGAUGAUGCCGGACUGGAUAAUGAUUGUUCCGCGGAGGGCCGCCAAGUACGGGGAGGUGUGGCAGAACUCGCUUGGGUUCAUGGGCUUGUUCUGUGUGAAGAACGAAGAGCUGAAGAACCUUGUGCUGGAGUUGGGGUUUGCCAAAAUCCUUGAAGAAUGCGGUUUCCCCAUCGAGGAGGACGAGGAGCACAUUGUGUACAACGAGUACGGGUACUGA